GGCACUGCACUUGGCGGUGAUUCAUCAGCACGAGCCCUUUCUGGAUUUUCUCCUGGGUUUUUCAGCUGGCACUGAGUACCUGGACCUGCAGAAUGACCUAGGCCAGACAGCCCUGCACCUGGCAGCUAUCCUGGGGGAGGCAUCCACGGUGGAGAAGUUGUAUGCAGCAGGCGCUAGGUUGUGCGUGGCAGAACGUGGGGGCCACACGGCGCUGCACCUGGCCUGUCGCGUGGGGGCACAUGCCUGCACACGUGCGCUGCUCCAGCCCCGCCCUCGGUGCCCUAGGGAAGCCCCCGACGCCUACCUCUCUCACGGCCCUGACUGCACCCCUGACACCAACCACACCCCUGUUGCCUUGUACCCUGAACCCGACUUGGAGAAGGAACAGGAAGAGAGUGAGGAGGACUGGAAGCUGCAGCUGGAGGCUGAAAACUAUGAGGGUGAGGGCCCUUAGUCUCUGGGGAGGACUCAGGCUCCCAGGCAAGUCGGGAGCACCCUGCUCUGGGCUCUGACGCAAGGCCCAGACCCUUGGGAGAUCAUAUGUAGGCUUCAGGGACCUGGGUAGCAGGACCAAGGACCUCCACGCAGGCCCCAGAUUACUGAGAAUUGGACAUGUGGGAUCCAGGACCCCCACCUGGAGGCCCCAGACCACUUGGGACCCAGGCCUGUCACCAGUAGAUGCAGAGCUGCCAGGAUCCAAUUGUUGGGCCCAGGCUGGUAUUGGGCCCACCUACAAGGAGCAAUCCCAAUAUCCCUACCCUCACCUACAAACCACAGGACCCUGCUCACCCAAGACUAGGGAAAUCAAACCCCAGGCCCUCUGUGAAACUCUGGCAUCCCAGGUUCCCAGUAAUGGGCAGCAGGGUGGAAGGAUAGCUCUCCUCAGCCAGGCCUCAUGGGAAAAAGGACCCAUCUAUCCACGGCCCUGGCAUCUGAGUCUCAGCUCUUCCACCCAUAAGCUCAACUACCUGG